UCCGAGAAGAAACGAACGAAGCUACCACAAGACAUCAUCUAGGCCUCUAGACUACGCAAGGCAGUCCCAUUGCCAUUGUCGUUCCCUGCGCAACGAACUCCUCCUAUAUACCUAUUCGCCCAUACCUGCGUCUCAACAUUUUUUCCUCUCCACGGCGAUAGCUCUGUACAACCUCAAUCAUGUCUGGAGCCGGUCCCUCGCUGUUCCCCGGCGAGCUGCCAGCUUGGUCAGUCUUCAAGUUCCCGCCUGAUGCUGCGCCUGCCCCGAUUCCUCCCCCAUACGAUGGCCCGUCCUGGAGGUCGCUGUUUCCAAUCCCAGCCGAUCUCUACGCCGUCGCACUCGACCCCAAGGUCCCAUUGACAAUUGCCUCCACCUACGCUGCGACCGUCUUCCUCCUCAACUGGUACAACAGGAGAAAUGGAAACAAGCCAUGGGCUAUCAGCAAGACUCGCCCGUUCUUCGCCUUUGUCAUCCUUCACAAUGUCUUCCUCGCUGUCUACUCCGCCGUCACCUGUGUGGCUGCCGUUCGCACCCUCAAGGUCUCAUUCCCCAGCUACGACGACCCCAAUGUAGUCGUUGGUACCAUUGACGCUCUCUGCAAGAUGCAUGGACCGCGUGGAUUGGGCGACGCCGUGACGUAUAAUACCGCAACUGGUGGAUUCGCUAGUAGGAACCCGCAGGUCCAGAUCGGAUCCAAUGGCCUCCCCGAGUUCUCGGACGUCGGCAGGUUCUGGAACGAGGGUCUCGCUUUCUGGGGCUGGAUCUUCUACCUCUCCAAGUUCUACGAGGUCCUCGAUACUGUCAUCAUCCUCGCCAAGGGCAAGCGCAGCACUACUCUCCAGACCUACCACCACGCCGGUGCCAUGUUGAGCAUGUGGGCGGGUAUGCGCUACAUGUCUCCUCCCAUUUGGAUGUUCGUAUUGGUUAACUCUGGCAUUCACGCCAUGAUGUACACCUACUACACUGUGUCCGCCCUUGGCUUCCGCGUCCCCAAUGCCGUCAAGCGUACCCUCACUACGCUCCAGAUCACGCAGUUCCUCGUCGGUGCGUCCUUCGCAGGCAUCCACCUCUUCGUGUCCUACACCGUCCCCGUCUCUGUCCCAUACCUUGUCAAGGAGGCCGUCUCCUCGGUCGAGCCCGUCAGCUCUAUUUCCUCUGCCAUCUCCACCGCCUCACCUGCCCUCGCCACGGCCACCGGUGCCGGUGUUGCCUUCCUCAAGAAGCUCGUCUACCGCGCUGCCGGCGAGGAGGGUCUUGCGGAGAAUAUCCCGGAUCCGGCCCUCAUCGCGCAAGGCAUCGCUGAGGGUAUCGCUCCGGUCCAGCAGGUCAUCAAGAACACCAUCCAGCGCACCAUCCACCGUACUGAGUACCAGCACGUCCCCUGCAUCGACACCUCCGGCCAGGCCUUUGCCAUCUACCUCAACCUCAUCUACCUUGCUCCUCUGACUGGCCUCUUCAUGCGCUUCUUCGUCAAGUCGUACCUCCGCCGCACGUCGCCCUCCAACAAGCACGCGACUAAGAAGAACGUGAUUGCCAAGUCUACGCACGAUGCGAUCCACGGCGUCGACCGCGAGAUCGAGUCUCUGGGCAAGUCUGCUGAGGACGGCUUCGGCAGCGCCGUCAGCUCCGCGACUAAGAGCGCAAAGAACGGCAGCAUUCGCGGCCGAACGGCGCAGGCCAACGCCGCCCAGCGUGCGGGUUCUCUCUCUCCCGCCAACCAGAAGUUCGUCGACUCCUUCAACCGCAAGGUUAAGCAGCAGCUCGAGAACAUUGGCGAGGGCGCAGAGGCCAGCAAGCAGCGCGCGAAGCAGAUUGCGAACGAGGUCGUCUCCGGCACGUCGAGCCCGAACCGCAACGCCAGUCCCGUGAAGGAGAACGGUGCCAGCUAUGCCGCCGUCGUCAAGGAUGAGGACGUCAAGGCCAAUGGCAACGGUAACACGAACGGCCGUCCCAAGUCUUCUGGAAAGGGCAAGAAGGGUCAGCAGUAGAUGGACUCCGUGUCCACGAAGAAACAACAUAAACUUUCUUUCCGUCCCUGUGCGUGUAGUCAUUCAACAACAGUCCGGCCGUGCCCAACGGAAAGGCGAUGCGGACAUACCAGCUUCCAAACCUACCCAUCUUGCAAGACCGCCAUCUACGGCCUAGAACCU